CAGCUCUUUUAGUAUUUGUCCAGCAGGUUUCCCGCCUUGCGGGAAGCCUCACCCACUCUACGUAAAUGAAGAACAGGGCGGUGCUCCGUCUCCACAUGCGCUGCAGAGCUUGGGGGGGGGGUGCGGGACCGUGCGGCGGCUGAAGCGCGUAGCGGCGGCGGCGCCGGGAAGUGCUCAUGGCGGCUUCGGCGCAGCCCCCGGCGCCUUUGAGCGCAGAGCAAGCUAAGGCGGCGCUGGCGGAGGUGAUCAAGGCCUUCGGGGUGCCCGAGAACGCUCAGCGAAUGGAUGAGGCUCGGGACAACGCCUGCAACGACAUGGGCAAGAUGCUGCAGUUCCUCCUGCCUGUGGCCACCCAGAUCCAGCAGGACGUGAUAAAAGCCUACGGCUUCAGUAACGAUGGCGAAGGGGUCCUGAAGUUCGCUCGGCUGAUAAAGUCCUACGAGUCGCAGGACCCGGAGAUCGCCAGCAUGUCGGGCAAGCUCAAGGCCAUUUUCCUGCCGCCCAUGACGCUGCCGCCGCACGGAGCCGGGACCGGCGGAGUGGCAGCCUCCUGAGACCGAACACCACUCCUGCCCCGCCGGUUCUGGUGCUUCGGCCGGGGCUGCCCUACCAAGGCUUGGGGCACGUCAGCUCGGGAAUGGGGCGCUUGAAGACGGGAGACGUUGACCUGAAAGGGAUGCUUUGUGCGUGCUUGCGUGUCUGCUCGCGAAUAAAGAAAAUGUCUUUAAAGCGC